AUGGUCCAUGAAGAUGAUGAUGAUGACUCUUCGCACGCAACGCUGCAAAAUGUAUCAUACGAUAAUAAUUAUUUCCUCGUCGAUACAAUAACAGCUCGCUGUUUAAAAUCGGGCGUCGUACGAGAAGGAUGGCCGGAAAAUAUAAUUAAUUUUUUGGGGGCCGAUGAGGAACCAAUAGCUCUUAAUCAUGAUAAUUUGGAUAUUCUCAGCAAUGAUGGGUAUAUAAGUCAUUACCAUUAUGAUGAUGAUGAUAAUGAUGAUGACGUCAUAACUUUAUCACCAUCAUCGACACCAUCUCCACCAUGGACACUAUUACAACCAUCAACGUCAUCAGAACAGAUCAACGAUGUCAUGUGGGAUUCACCGACACCACCAUAUUCACCAUCACCAGCAUACUCAUCACUGAGCUUUGAGAAUGAAUCAUUGAUAUAUGCUUCAUCAACAUCGACGUUUGAUUCAUCAUCGCUACCUCAUGCUUCAUCAGCAUCAGCAUCGAUCUAUCCAUCAUCAACAUCGAUCUAUGCGCCAUCAACAUCGAUGUUCAACCCGUCACCUACUUUAUCACCAUCAACGAUACCAUCUCCACCAUGUACACUAUCACAACCAUCAACGCCAUCAGAACAGAUCAACGAUGCCAUGUGGGAUUCACCACCACCAUCAUAUUCGCCAUCACCAGCAUAUUUAUCACUGAGCUUAGAGAAUGAAUCAUUGAUAUAUGCAUCAUCAACAUCGACGCUUGAUUCAUCAUCGGUAUCGCAUGCUUCAUCAGCAUCGACAUUGAUCUAUACACCAUCAACAUCGAUCUAUGCGCCAUCAACAUCAAUGUUUGACCCGUCGCCUUUGAUAGACGCGCAGCUGUUAUGGCGGCUCGAGCAACUCGAUUACAUAUACCUUUCCAACAACAACAACAACAACAACAACAACAACAACAACAACAACAACAACAACAACAACAACAACAACAACAACAACAACAACAACAACAACAACAACAACAACAACAACAACAACAACAACAACAACAACAACAACAACAACAACAACAACAACAACAACAACAACAACAACAACAACAACAACAACAACAACAACAACAACAACAACAACAACAACAACAACAACAACAACAACAACAACAACAACAACAACAACAACAACAACAACAACAACAACAACAACAACAACAACAACAACAACAACAACAACAACAACAACAACAACAACAACAACAACAACAACAACAACAACAACAACAACAACAACAACAACAACAACAACAACAACAACAACAACAACAACAACAACAACAACAACAACAACAACAACAACAACAACAACAACAACAACAACAACAACAACAACAACAACAACAACAACAACAACAACAACAACAACAACAACAACAACAACAACAACAACAACAACAACAACAACAACAACAACAACAACAACAACAACAACAACAACAACAACAACAACAACAACAACAACAACAACAACAACAACAACAACAACAACAACAACAACAACAACAACAACAACAACAACAACAACAACAACAACAACAACAACAACAACAACAACAACAACAACAACAACAACAACAACAACAACAACAACAACAACAACAACAACAACAACAACAACAACAACAACAACAACAACAACAACAACAACAACAACAACAACAACAACAACAACAACAACAACAACAACAACAACAACAACAACAACAACAACAACAACAACAACAACAACAACAACAACAACAACAACAACAACAACAACAACAACAACAACAACAACAACAACAACAACAACAACAACAACAACAACAACAACAACAACAACAACAACAACAACAACAACAACAACAACAACAACAACAACAACAACAACAACAACAACAACAACAACAACAACAACAACAGCAAGAUGAUUAUUAUAAUCAGCAACAAAACGGAUUUUAUUUCUACAAUGGCGACCAUCAAUAUGUUUACAAUGAUAUUGAGAUCAAUUUUGUGCAAAAUAAUUCUAUUAACAUUUUGGGGUAAUUCUCAAAACGUAACAGUGGUGCUGUGA